AUUUCAAUUUGGUCUGUUACAGAUAUCGAUGAAUGCAAUGAAAAUGUUAAAAACAACUGCAGCCAUUUGUGUAUCAAUAGUCCAGGAAGUUACUAUUGUAAGUGUCCAAAUGGAUUCCAAAUGUCACAAGACAACAAGACUUGUAAAUGUCCAAAAGGUUUCCAGGAGUCGAAUAACAGGACAAUGUGUUUGGGUAAGUAGUAUCUGAUUUUCCAUGUAGUUUCCUGUUUUACCAGAAUUAAGAAUAAUUUCAAAACAUUUGAAAAAAUUUGGCAUACAUCUGUGUGCUAAGUGGUAACUUUGAAUUCUAUAGUUUCAUUGUGUAAGCAAAUAACCAUUUCGCAUGUUUUUUACCUGUUCAUAGUUUAUUAAUUAUUAUUGUUGUUGUUGUUAUUGUUAUUAUUAUUAUUAUUAUUAUUUUAAUUAUAAACUGUCAAUUAAGUGAAAAGAUUUUGAUUUCUGCCGUGUAGUCAAGCCAUAUGGUGAAAAAAUUGUGCACUUAGGGGUAAAAGCACCAAAUUUAGCAUGAUAAUAGUACUUGGGCUGCUGAACAAUAGUAGCUAUGGACCCCAGUCAGGGGAAAAAUUUUGUACUUAGGGGGGUGGGGUGGUUGCAUUUUUCAAAUAAACUGAUGUUACUGAAAAGACAGCGGUAAAUACAAGCCAAUCUUUCCAUAUCAAUAAGGCGUGAUGUCCCAAGAAAGUUAAACUGGGUCUAAAUAAUCUAAUUUUUAAGUGGCGUUGGGGGAGGGGGGGAGGUUUGAACCCAGCUUAGGGGGAGGGGUGGGAGUAUCUCUAUACCCAUGUUUGUAUAAGUUUCUCCUGUGAGGGAAAAUACAAUGACUUUCCUGAAGUUUGGCAUAACUUCAAAUCAUUUAGCGAAUAGCUUCUCCUCUGACCUCAUCCCUCAUCUCCAUGGUAGUGGUGGUGGUGGUGGUGGUGGUGGUGGUGGUGGGGGGUUGGGGCUGAUUUUAGUUACACCUUUGAUGCUCACAGUGAGGUGGAGCAUAGAGGUUUCCACGCAUCUGACUCUUAUGAUUCCCUUGAUGCUCCCCAUUCAAAGCACUGUCCUCAACAAUGUCCAUCUUUGUAAUCAACUCUCUUGGUGUACUGAAAUACAUGUAAUGCAUGGUCAAUAGACAGGAGGUCUCAAGGGUUCUUCUCUUCUGCGCAAAUAUACAAAACGUUUCUGGCAUCAGUGACUCUUUGACUUCGGUUGUGUGGUCAGAUAUUAGGACAACAAAUCUCUCAAGCACGGGCAUAGUUUCUUGAAUAUCCUUCAUAGUUUGCUAAGGGAUGUAAAAAGUUCAGUGCUCUCCAUAAAACAUUCUUGUGGCCCAGGUAGUUCUCUCUUCCUAAGAAAGCUGAUGUUUGAUUGCGUGAUAGAAGUUCAGCACCUCGACAUAGAAUUUUCAUCUCUCGAGAGCCUUGACGAUAUUACUGUGCCAUGUACAGAACUAGUUGCGGUAGUACUACUAGGGUUAUGUUCGAGGUUAUCGUGAUGGACACCAUGCAAAUGAGACUGCUUUUCUCCCUUUUUUGAGUCUUUUCAGGACCAAAACAAAAAGGCCAUGACCCCUUCCCCCUAGGGCACAAUGUGCCUCCCCCUGAAGAUAUUUGAGUGGGGUCCAUAGCUAAAAAUAGUCAAUAGAACUUGUACUAUCACUGUGCCAAGUUUGAUGCUUUUACCCCAAAGUGCAUAAUUCAGCUAUUUUUUUUACACCAUAUGGCUGGACUAAUGGUUUUUUUUUUCGGAGUCGUCGAAAAUUUCAAGACAUGGAAUAAUCUUGGUAUACUGCUGUGAAGUAACAUCUGAAAUAUUGACUGUCAAUAUGACAAUUUGGUCUUUUACAGAUAUCGAUGAAUGCAAUAAGAAUGUUAAAAACAACUGCAGCCAUAUGUGUAUCAACAUUCCAGGAAGUUACUAUUGUAAGUGUCCAAAUGGAUUCCAAAUGUCACAAGGCAACAAGACUUGUAAAUGUCCAAAAGGUUUCCAGGAGUCCAAUAACAGUACAAUUUGCUUGGGUGAGUAACAACACAAACGCAGUGGCAGGUAAAAAGGAAGAAAAGAGCCAACGAUUUUUAAGCGGCCUUUUAGUUGAAUUGAUUCCACCGUCUUCGUCGUCCUUAUCGUAGUAUUAGGGAACUUAAGAACCACGACGAAACUUACGACGACGCCGUUUAGUUGAACUGAUUCCACCGUCUUCGUCGUCCUUAUUUUAAUAUUAGGGAACUUAAGAACCACGACGGAGUUCACGACGACGACGUCUGUUGACUGGGAAAAGACUGGAACGAGAACGUCAGUUUCGGCGGGAAAAAGGAAACUUAAGAUGCAGUCGGUCGGUAGGUCGACGACGACGACACUGAGUGUAAACACAAAUGUAAACUGUGAUGUUCGUUCGCAACAAAGUUUUUCGCAAUGGCGUCUUUUAAAACAACGCAAGAUCUUAUUUUUUAAGCCGUGCGCCUAAUUUCAUGGACGAUGGAGAAUUUUUUUAGUUGGCUGACCUUUACGAGUGGAAAAACACCUGCUUUCCGUACAAAAAUUAUUCAACUUUCGACCUGCAUGACAUGACCGAGUCCGAGUGCCUGUCAGAGUUUAGAUUUGGAAAAAGCGACAUUCUGAUGUGAUAGCUGUUUUCCACAUAAAGUUUAUUUCCUCUAUAUAGAGGAAGUAAUAUUAAUUAAAUAUAUAUAUAUAUUAAAGAUACAUGAUUUGUCUUACCUAAAUACGUGCAAAUAAAUUUAUCACUUACGACUUCGCUCGCUCGGCCUCCACAGCUGUUGUCAUUCUUCGAAGCGGUAAAAACAAUUCAUUAGUCGAAUUUUCAAUCAACAUCGCUUGUUAGGAGAAAAAAGGAACGACACUUGGAUUCACCAGGAUAAGAAAAUGCAAAGGACUUCAAAAAUCGCUUAAAACAGUGGACUUAUACCUGCCAAGGCUUGUGGAUUGCAGGACGACGUGAUUCUACUUUGUUUGGCGUCGUCGACGAGACCACGACAACGAAAUUUACUGGUCGCCCUUGCGCAGUAUUCCGUAACUCACUUCCGGUCGUCGUCGACAAAGUCGUCGUCGUGGUUCUUAAGUUCCCUAUUAGGGAACUUAAGAACCACGACGAAACUUACGACGACGCCGUUUAGUUGAACUGAUUCCACCGUCUUCGUCGUCCUUAUCGUAACAUUAGGGAACUUAAGAACCACGACGAAACUUACGACGACGCCGUCUGUUGACUGGGAAAGGACUGGAACGAGAACGUCAGUUUCGGCGGUAGAAAGGAAACUUAAGAUGCAGACAGGUCGGUAGGUCUCGACGGCGCUGAAUGUAGACAUAAGUGUAAUACUGUUCGUUCGUGUUUAUUUUUAAUAUGUUCACUGAAAUUUUGGUUCACAAAGUCCAACAGCUUUGGGGCAGACAAAAAAAAACACAUUCGCCUUCAGGCUUUGAGGAAUUUGUUCAGUUUCACGAGGUGUUCGCGGAUCAGUUGUUCGAAUCAAGUAAGAGACAUGUCACUCGUUUGCACUCGUUCGCUGUGCUUUUUUCCACCACGGAAACACCUAUUUCCACUUAAGUGCAUUGUGAUAGCUGUUUUUCAUGUAAAUUUUCUUUCCUCUUUAUUAAAGAUAAAUGCCAAAAAGUUUGCCCUUCCUUAAUACAAAUGAAUUUAUCACUUACGCGUUCGCUCGCUCGGCCUCCACAGCUGUUGUCAUUCUUUGAAAUAAAAAAAAUUCAUUAGUCGAAUUUUCAAUCAACAUCGCUUGUUAGUGUAGUAGAAAAGUAGUUGAUAUCUAAGCUCUCAUCUACUAAGUAACAUUGAUUUCAACAAAGAUAUAACUGCAGCGUGUUUGUCGCUAAAGAAAAAUUUUAGUGAAGCUGAAAAAUAGCAUCUCACCAUAUUCCGAAAAAAAUAACUUCACGUCGGGUGGGCGGGUAAAAAUGGUGAAGCAGCCGUUGUUUAGAUAUUGGUGAAACGAUGGACGCACUAGAAAAUGUAUGUCACGUCACAUGAUUUCAUAUAUUUACGUAUUUUUACAGCAGCCACAUGGUCUUGAAGUUAAAGCCGUCGUAGGUUAAUGAUUGUCCCCCCCCAGAUAGAUGGGGAUAACCUCCAUUUAAUAUAGUAACUACAAUAUAUGGUUACGAAUUUCUAGCCCGCGUCGGAGACACUCUAAACCGCUUGAUGUUAAGACGACGCGUAAGCCUACUGCAACGCUAACUAAGAAUUCCUUAUGCACGUGUUAUGACGAGAGAAAAAUGAAAUUUUAGUUAUAAUUUCAGAUUGUGGAAUGUUACUUCAUACGGAGAACUCAACGUCGGCCGACUUCCGUUACGUCAACCAAAGCCAGCUUCCUGAACGCUUCCCAUGGGGUACAUCAGUAAAGACGUUUUUCCAGAUCGACCUCAGUGAAACCUAUAGGUUCAAAAUUACGGCUAUAGCUACUCAGGGAGGAGCGAACUUGAACAACUGGGUGAAGCGAUAUGGACUUCGCUUUUCCGUUGGUGCAAAGCCAGUUCAUUAUAGAGAAUAUGGGAUACAAAAGGUUAGAUAUAAUGAUAUCAUAUAUGUAGACUUUCAAAACAUAAAUGCGCAUGAGAAGCCCCUGCUGAAAUUAUUUGCCUGUGAGAUGAAGACUUUUUAUCCUUAACUUACUAUAGGAGGUUUGGCCAGCGAUACAGGGCAGGACAAUACAAGGCAAUGUUCAUUUGAUAUCUUUUACCAAACUAAUAGAAACAUCAAAUUCAUGCAAAUUUAGGCCAUUUUCAUUUUGACUACAACUACCAGAAUUCAUUUCGUUUUUGCUUUCUUAUUUAAAUUUGUCAAUCCCGCCGAGAAUUAAAGAACAAUAGUGUUAAUUUGCCGAAGAAAACAAAAAAUGAAGGAUUCUGGUAGUUGCAGUAAAAUGACGUCAUCGUGCAAUUGUCCUGUUAGAUAUCAAUUUACAGGGGGUGAUAUAUAUCUCCUAACCCCACCCCAGGAAAAAAGAAAGGGAAAAGAAACACAUUGCACCCAAUAGGCCAGAAUACAUAUUGUUUUGCGUGUAACAUUUUAUUCUUUAAACCUUUAAUUGUUACUGAAAUGAAACAAGGCAGAUUAGGACCUGCGUAAGUGAAGUACACUUGUUAAGAGCAAAAAAGAGAAAAUCAGUAGCUGUACAAUCAAUUUAACGUUAUUAUAUAACUUUAGAUUCUUUCCACAGAAAAGAAUUGUUUUGUUGUUGUUGUGGUUGUGGUUGUUUCUGAGAGGGUUGUUUGUUUCGACCGUGUAGUAACCUGUUCUCUUUAGGUAACUUUUCUCGUUGUUCUUUUUUUCUUUCCUUUUUUUUUAGAUCAUAAAGGGGAAAGAAGACGCUCGCUCUGUAGUAAGGUACCAGUUUAAAGAACCGUUUGUUACCAAAACUUUACAAAUUUUCCCGGAUGUUGACAUCUCGCAGCCGGUUGACUUGAGAACAGAAGUAUAUGGAUGUCGUCCUACUCUUGGUAAUGGCAUUAUCUCAUUGUACUGAUAGAGGAAUGAUUUGAUAAACAAUUAGUGGAUGAGGUUCGUCUGAUAUCCGUAAUAAUCAAGGAAUUAAGGAGGAGGUGGUGCUUGUGGCCGAGGCUGAUAUAACUUAAGUGGAUCUUGAUUAUUCCGGAUAUUACAAAAACCGAAUCUAAAUUGUUUUGUUAUACAUUGUUUCGAAAAGUUCACAACAACUGACUCUUCCCACGAAACAAAGUUUGACAUUGUGCGCGCGUCCCACGGAUUAGCCGGUAUUUUGCUAGCAGCUGAAAACUGACUAAUCUGUAGGUUCCUCUGAUUUCCAAACUUUAUUGUAGUCGUAGUGAGAGCCAUGCUAAAGUAAAUGAUGCAAGUUAAAUUGAUGCCAGAAUAUAUACUACUUUAUGGAAGGGGCAUGUAUUUAGUCUCGAUCAUAGUAUAGAUGUUGCCCAUGACCACUCACUGUCCCGGCAUUUUCAACAUAGAAUAUUUGGAUUUGUGUCACUAUCACAGCAAAUCAGUAACUUCCCAGCUACAACAAAAGUAUAACUAUACCAGACAAGGAAAGAAAAUAUGAGCGAGGAUCUCGUGACCUUUGUAUUCAGAUUAUAAUUUUAGUGUCGUGUUUUCGUUCUGUUCAAAGUAAAUUAUAUUUGGGAAUUUAUUAAUCAAUAGACCAUUAUUUUACAGUUGUAGACGUAGUACCCUAGCCUUUGAGUGAAUGUGUGAGGCUGAGGAUGACCUUGUUUUGAUACAAACCUUUGUUUUGUUAUGGAAUUUGCUCUUGAAAAAUACUAGUUUAAGCAUAAGAAAAACGUGAUUUGCAUAAUAAAGCAGAAGGUUUGUGCAAAACAUGGUCAACUCCAGCCUUGCUUCCAUCCAUAAGUGUAUAAUGGCCUGUUGUAACACUACGUACGUUAUGUGUGUAUAACCUGUUCAAUAGUUUUAAAAGUAAACUACUGUGUAAAUUAGGCCUUUCAUUGAAUCUUAUGCGAGGAAUUUGUAAGUCACGUAAACCUAUAGUUUAAAGUAGCCCUCCAUUCAACUUUAUAGCUUUGAUGUUUCCUUCAUUUGAAAAGUAACUUACCACUGUUCUGUUUUUCUUAAGAUUGUAUCCUGGUUGGUUCAAUGUUUUGGGGACUGUGGUCGCAAAGAGAUCGCUCAAAUAACUACUACAAGGCUUUCAUCUAUGGAAUAAAUGACACUCAAAUUGAGUUCAUCUUGGAAUACAAUAACGGAUUCAAACAAGUGUACAAAAGGACUGAUCCAGUGCUUAUAAUAGAUAAGAAGCCAGAGAAGAGGGAAAUAUCAGUCAAUGCAUCAGUUAUAGCUGUUCACGAUCCUAAAAUGAAAGAGUGGUACCGAACCGGUACCGUGAUAAAUACAGCUGCUUCAGAAAUGGGUGAAUUCCUCGCGUCAGUUAGGUUUGAUAAUGGUGAUUUAAGACUGGUUCCUAUACGACAGCUUCGCUUAGUUAAACGACCACGAUUUUGUCAAGUAAAGCAUGUAAUACAAGGUUUGUAA